AUGGGAGAAUUUGUGGUCUGUGCAGAAGAUUCCGUCGCCGGAGAUGUCAUCGUCGACUGCCGUAGAAGAGAAAUUGAAGGGAGAGAGAGACGCCAAUUGGACGGAAAAGUUGCGAUAAUCACUGGGGGAGCAAGUGGAAUUGGUGCAAGUACUGCAAAACAAUUUUGGGAAAACGGAGCAAAAGUAGUAAUUGCUGACAUCCAAGAUGAUUUGGGCCAAAAAAUUGUCAAAAAUCUCAACAAUGACAACAUCUUUUACUUCCAUUGUGACAUCUCUAAAGAAGAAGAAGUUCAUGAUCUAGUAGACUACACAAUCUCUAAGUUUGGUAAGCUAGACAUCAUGUAUAACAAUGCAGGGCUCAUGGAUCGGCCUGUAGGCCGGUCCAUUUUAGAUUCGACUCAAGAGGAUUUGGAUCGGACCCUAAGGGUGAACCUAUAUGGUUCAUUUUUUGGAGCUAAGCAUGCUGCUAGAGUCAUGAUACCUCGGAAGAAUGGUUGCAUAUUGUUCACUUGUAGUGCUUGCACAUUAAUAUCAGGUAUAGCAACACACCCCUAUACAAUAUCUAAGCAUGCAAUUUUGGGGUUAGCAAAGAAUUUAAGUGCUGAGCUUAAGCAACAUGGCAUAAGAGUCAAUUGCAUCUCCCCAUCCGGGGUAUGCAGUGGCAUGGCACCGAGGCUAAGUGGGGCUCAAGGAGUUCUGAUGGCCGCCGACGUCGCUCAGGCAGCUCUAUAUUUGGCUAGUGAUGAUGGGAUUUUUGUCAAUGGUCAUAAUCUUGUUAUAGAUGGUGGAUCUAGUGCAAUGAGUUCUUCAAUGGCAUUGGCUUUCACAUCAAGUUGACAAACAUAGAAUUGGCUAUUAUUCAAGAUAUGUAU